AUGACGGUCACCAACGGAAGUAUGAAAGAAGUAUGGUUUUCUUUCCAGAAUUGGUCAUGUAAAGACAUUGUCUUUGUCAUUCUCUGUAUAUCAACGUGUGUGGCCAACUAUGUUUUUGGAGUUGCUUACAGCUUACCAAAUAAAAAGAGAAGCAUCACGAAUAAACCUUUCACAUAUGCUGCUAGUCAUAUGCAUACGGCAGAAAUAUUGAAUAAUAAAACGGCAUUCAAAGAAGAAACUGUAGUGACACGUGACAUAUUAAUACAAAAGGAAGGAGCUGUAAACGAGACAUUGAUAGAAUAUUAUAGAAAAAAACUUCAGACUUUUGGAUUCACCAUGAAAUCGUUUUUGCUUCCUUAUAAAAUUAAGGCGCCUGGGCUUCAUCGACGUGUCGACAAAUUUUACAACACGUGUGCUGUCGUCGGGAGCUCGGGAAUACUGAACGGUAGUCAGUGCGGCGAAGAAAUCUCUUCUCAUGAAUUUAUAAUACGUUUGAAUAUGGCUACCAUAGACGGGUUUCAAAAAGACGUUGGCAAUAGAACGGAUCUUAUGUCAAUAAAUUAUCCGAUUAGCCAUGCUUUAGAUAAAUGUUUACGUAAUACAAAAUGCCGAGAUUCAGCGUACAGGAGAUUAAAACCUAUUAAAAAUUCAAUAUUACUUUUUCAUGAAUUUCACGACCCAAAUCCAAAUUGGAAGCUUCAAGGACAUAAGCAAUUUAUACAGUCACUUAAGAGGUAUAAUUUACUUCCGGAUAUCAGAGUGUCGGCAAAAAACGCGACUCUAAGACUGAAAAGUGCAUGGAAUAUCACGAAGCAGCCAUCUGGUGGUUUGCGAGGUAUAACAGCUGCAUUGUUAAUGUGUCGCUCAAUAUCGAUGUAUGGAUAUUAUCCAUUUUCGGAAGGAACAAAUGGAGAACCACUCCAAUACCACUACUUUGAUAACGGAUUUUGGAACAAAAAAAUUCACAAUAUGAGCGAGGAAUAUUCGAUAUUUAAAAAAUUAGACAAAAUUGGAAGAAUACGAUUGGUUACCAACAAAUGCAAAAAAGAUUUAAUAUGACUGCCUUUCUAGUCUAUGAUAUUUGACUGUUUCUGUGGUAGAUCACAGUACGUUUAAACUUGCAUCUCUGUAUUAUUACAUAACCACUAAAAUCAGAACCAAAUAUAUAUAUAUA